AUUGGGGGUUUAUCACAGCAUCUUGGCAGUUGGGAGGGUUUCUGUGGGGGCAGGUGAGAACCCAGGAUAAAAGAACAUGAGCAGACAUGUGAAGCUGGGCAGCAGAGAGGGAGCUGGGCAGCUGAGAGGAGGCAGCUAGAGAGCUGGAGAAGCCGGAGGAGCCUGGGACAAGACAUGUGAGGAAUGAAGACCAGAGGGGAAGGCAGAGAUGAAGCCGAACUCUAUUCCCCUGCCUUUUUGGUAGUUGAUCAUUAUGAAAAUCCAAGAAAUGUUGGAUCCCUUGACAAGAACGCAAAGAAUGUUGGGACAGGUUUGGUGGGCGCACCAGCAUGCGGUGAUGUCAUGAAACUACAGAUUGAAGUGGAUGACAAUGGAAAAAUUAUUGAAGCCAAGUUCAAAACGUUUGGUUGUGGGUCUGCCAUUGCCUCCAGUUCUCUGGCCACAGAAUGGGUUAAGGGAAAAACGGUUGAUGAAGCUAUGACUAUCAGGAAUACAGACAUAGCCAAAGAACUGUGCCUUCCACCUGUGAAGCUUCACUGUUCCAUGUUAGCUGAAGAUGCCAUUAGAGCAGCCCUGGCAGAUUACAGACUGAAGCAGGAUAAAGAAGAAGCUGCAGCAAGUGGCUAACUGAGCCGAGUAUGAGCUGUACCAUCAUGGCGACAUUCAGUCACUUUAUGCCGUUCCUUUGGGCAUUAAAGCAUGUCUUUACCAUUUGAACAGCAGAUUUUGAUACGCACAAUUAUAUAGCAGCUUGUCAAACUGUGUGUGAAUCUCCUACUAAUAAUGCGAUUACUUUCAAUUUGCAAGCUGAGUAUAUUUAGAUAUUGAAAAGAAAGUAACUUUGUUCUUUAUUCCCUAAUAUUCAAGACUGUCACCUGUCCUCUCUUCACAUGUCAUUUUAACAAUGUCUGGUGUACACACAUGACUUUCCACUACAUUAAAUUGCUAGGUUUCACAUACCACCCCUAUAAAGUGAUAUAGAAAUUUAAUCUAGUCAGUUUAAGUAUUGCUGUAAAAUGGAUUUUGGAAAAUACUACAACACGCGUCUUCACUUGCGCUAACAUUGUGAAGAUGUGGGGGUUUUUUUUAAUCUAUUUUUUUUUUUUUUGCACCAUUCUACUUGAGUGCUUGGUAAAUAUGGUACGGUUUUGUACAUAAAUGGCUAUGCAGUCAUAAUAGAAUAUAAAAUCCAUGCUGAAUUACAAGAAUUAAACAACAUAGCCACAGUGCACUGUUCAUAUGUACUUCAUACAAUUUUUUCUUUUUUCUGGAAGCAAUUUUUUGUGACUGUACAUUAUAGAACUGAAAUGUAAUUGUUCUCAGAAGGGUUCAUUUUUGAAAAUUGGAUGACUGACUGGAAACCUCCUAUCCUGUACUUCUGUUAACACAACUGGGUCUCCUAAGCGAUUCAGCCCUUUACAAUAGGCUUAAAAAAAGCAAGUUACAUAUUCCACCCUUACUACCAGCAUCCCUGAAAAUUCCCUAUUUUGAGGUCUGAGGAAUGAUAAUAGAAUCGAAAGCAGGGAUUGUAUGAUGCUUCGUAGUUCUGUAUGCAGUGCAUUUGAACAGCUGCCUUUUGCGUUUGUGUAUAUAAUUGCUAUAAGAUAAAUAAAAAAAGAAAAUGGAGUUGUCUUUCUAUAAUUUAGAUAAUUUAGACAAGGCUGUUGGUUGUAUGUAUGAUAUGAUAUAUUUUUGUUAACCGUAAAGAUGGAGACUCAGUAACUCUGACAAUAGAUGACAAAGUAAAUAUUAUCACUAACAUUAGAUCCCGGGCCAGCUCUUCUGUCUGCUUAAAAAUGUGUUGGACACUCCACCAUCUUCCACAAUACCCCAGGGUCUUUCUAUGGCCUCUUACAACAGCCUCUCUGGCAGUUGCCAGUCGAGGCCUGAUUGGUGGCAGUUUGCUGCUGGAAUACUACCCUUGCCAGACUAAGGUUAGCAGUGAUGUUUACUAGGGUGUUCAUAACCCAUUGGAACCCACAGUAAAUUUCCCUUUCUUUUUUCUUUACGGAGAAACGGCUAUAGUUUAUUUUUUUGGUUAACUAUAUUGGGCUGUGUAUACCCCUUUUAUCAACACAUUUUUAAAUUUUGACAGUUUUAACCUAUUGAAUAUACACUCCGUAAGAUGUUAAAAAUGCUCAUAUCAGAAUAUUUGUAAUGCAAACUGGAAAUAAACUAUUCCACCAGCA